GCCCUAUGGAUGUAUCUCGACUUCCUGAAGGACUGGGAUGCGGGGUACAGCUGGGGGGCCGCCGGACUUGCCUACCUAUACCGUUCGCUUGACGACGUGACCCAGAGAGCGGAAGUCUCGUCCGGUAUGUGUUGAUGUGUGUGGGGCCUCUCCAUUUGGAUGUGGGAGCGAAUCCCGGUGGGCCGUCCGGAGAAGAUGUGCUCGCGUGCAUGGACGAACUAUGGAGGAGAUGACGAAGAUGAUCGGAACCCGACCGUCGCAUACGCUUGGGACGUGGUGCGUGUCUACAUGGGCGAAUCGAAGGCCUUGUACAAGGUCUUCAGCAACGAGCUUGAUGCUCUCACGCCUUUCCAGGUUACUUGGCGGUCGUAUAGUGAUGAUCGACAGUGGGGGUUCAAGCUGAACAGCAUGUGCAAGCAGGACCGGCUGCUCUUCCGGUGCAUCGUGCCCAUGAUUUGUGUCUAUGCCGUGGAGUACCACUUGCCACAGCGCGUUGCCGCACAAUUUGGUAAGACGCAACACACACCGCCAGCCGGCAUCGUCCGCGAUACCGGUGGCUACGACCUACACCUGUGAGUACCACAAGCCGUCCUCAUCGAUUCUAAGUUCUUGUUUGAUGCUUUACAUUCA